AUGAAGACGCAAGGACGCAAGGACGCAACUGACAGCCGCACGCGCCAAGCUUUACUGUACUUUGUUUUCCACGUUUUGUCUUUGACGCCCUCGCAUUGCCUUAGCUGUCACUUUGACAGCCUCACGGCCGGAAGUCUGGCCGUCGAACCAAAAUCACGCCAUUUUACGGUCAACGGUUUGAGUGCUAAUAACACGCUUCAGCAGCAACAAUAUAACCUGCAACAGCAACAACAGCAGCAGCUGCAGUCGGCGACUGACACACGCAACAUCUACAACAAUCCCUACAAUCCACAACAACAACAGCAACUACAACAGUCACAACAACAACAACAACAACAACAGCGUACUGCACACCUCUUUAAGGCGCUGGCUGCAACUGCUGCUGUCGGUGGCAACAACAGCUUGAAUCAUCCGUACGACUUCUCGAGCUCAUCAUCAUCAUCGAACGCUAACAACGAGCAACAGGGAUCAUCAUCAUCGGAGGCAGACAAUGCGUUUCUAACUCAUAAUAACGCUGCUAUUGCUCAUGCUCAAUACAGGCGAAUUUUGAUAAAAAUUCUCAUUUGGCAUGUCAAGACAAGAAAAGCCAGAGAAACAAUCCCAUUUAACCAACAAACAGACAGAUACUCCUAG